GUCCAGUACAGCAUUGUCUGCCUCAGAAGGAAUGGCUGGACUCUGAGUUGGGGGACGUGCUCAGACUGAACAAAUCAUGGUAAUUGUUUUGGGAAGACUGUGAAAGUUAGACCCAAGAUGAAGGCAGAGAAGGGAGCUUUCUCUUGGGCAUCAGCCACUUCUGCAGCCCAUCUCCUCUUCAGUCUUACUGUUCUCAUUCACUCAGCAUUUGUUCAGGGGGUGAACAUCACCAGUCUGGAGACUCUGAUCAGAGGCACCGUGGGUGGAGAAGCUCUGCUCUCUGUCCGCUACUCAAGCACCAGUCAGGACUCUCCUGUGAUCAAAUGGCAGCUGAAGAGGGACAAACCUGUCACAGUGGUCCAGUCCAUCGGCACAGAGAUCAUCGGUAACCUGCGUCCAGAAUACAGAGACCGGAUCUUGGUGUUUGAAAACGGGACACUGCUGCUCCACAACCUCAGGCUCUCUGAUGAGGGCACUUACGAAGUCGAGAUCUCCAUCACAGAUGACACCUUCACUGGAGAGCGCAACAUCAAUCUCACUGUGGAUGAGCCUAUCUCUAAACCACACGUCUAUAUGUUGGCCUCCACUGUUCUGGAACUGACGGAGAACUUCACGUUAAACUGCACUCAUGACACAGGGACAAAGGCCAUCUACAGCUGGGCAAAAGGUGGCCAUCCAUUGCUAAAUGAGACGCGUCUGCUGCUGUCUUCAGAUCAGAAGGUGCUAACCAUCACACGUGUACAGAUGUCAGAUGAUGACGUCUACAGCUGUAUGGUGGAGAACCCAAUUAGUAGCAUGAGAAGUCCAGCAAUCAGACUCACCGUUUACAAAAGGAGCUCCCUUUAUAUCAUACUGUCUACAGUGGGCAUCUUCCUCCUCAUCACCCUUGUAACUGUGUGUGCUUGCUGGAAACCAACAAAAAAAUCAAAAAGACAGAAGUCCAAAUCUAUACCAAGAACUAUUCCACCAAACCACCACAUUAGGUACCAUGAUGUCAAGCCAGAGGAAGAUGCCAUCCCCAUAAUGACUGACCACGAGCGCAGGAAUCCUGUAUCGCUCUACAUUUUAAAGGAAAAGGAUUCUCCUCCUGGCGAACCGGCAUCAGCAUGUGAAACCUGCACCUCCAACAGCAGCAGUCCUCCAAGCUACAGCAGCUCAAUACCUCCUCCAUCUGACUCACUGGAGCCGCCAGCUCGCUCCUCUCGCCGAUACCCUCGCACCUCCACCAAAUCCCCACCGCAUCACCGCCGCAGGAGAGGACACAGCGAGAGUCCCCCGGCGCCUUCCUCUCCCUAUGGCCGGGAGUCCGGUCAAGCCCCUCGAUCCCCUGUGUCCUUUAAUCCAGCCAGAAAGCCUCAGGAUCCCUCUACCCCUCCACAAGAUCCCAGAGGCUCCCCAAAAACAUAGACUACUGUAUAUGAUGGAAAAAGACAGAUGCUGUAUAGUCAUGCACAGAUACUUUUAUAUUAAUGUAUGUACAUUUGUAAAUACACAUGAGUCUACGCUCCAAAACUAUGCACUAGUAGAUGAAAACAUAUAGUGAAUGUUCGGUCGAUUUAACAUGCUAGGAAAUCUUCACUUUCAGAGAUGAAAUGUGAUUGUGUUGGCUUGACAAAGCCUUUUAGCUACACCCAGCAAACCCAGCACAGUCCUUCAAUGCAUUUUCUGACACAGGUAAUCUAAAGCCUAAUUUAUACUUCUGUGCUGAUUGAACACUGUAGCCCCAUAGUAUAUAUCACUACAAUUGACACUGUUUUGAGCUUAAGUUCUGUUUGCCUUGUUUUCUACAAUGUACGAUAGCUUGCGAUGGAUUUUCAUAUGUUUUUUGUUGAUGCUUAAAGUUUAGGUCUCGAACAAUCGUAACUAAAAAUUAGCAGAUCAGAUCAUGUUUGGAGCUGAUUGAUACUGAAAUUACUAAAACUAAAAUGCAGAAAUUAUUGCUGUUGGUUGAGGUGGGUGGCACGGUUGUGCAGUGGGUGAUGUUGCCUCACAGCAAGAAGUUCACUGGUUCGAGUCCCAGCUGGGUCAGUUGGCAUUUCUGUGUGGAGUUUGCAUCAUCUCCCCGUGUUGGCAUGGGAGAAUUGGGUAAGCUAAUUUUGUGUUAUUGAUAAGUUGGACAGUUGUGCUCUAUAAAGUGGCCGGUGACAGCCAUGCAUGAUCACAAAGCCACUCGUGUUUACAGAUUGUAAAAAUGCAAAAUGCAGGAUAUACAGAUUGUAAAUAUAUUCAAUAGCCCUAUUCACACAUACAGACCUUUGCCUGUAAUUUUCCGGAAAAGGAAGUUGUAACAAUUUUCUGGAAUGCUGCAAUUUUGCCAGAAAGAGAAUGUUUAUGUUUAGAACGCGCCGACAUAAGACGUCUACUCCAGCCAAUCAGAAUAUUCAGACGCAUUCACAUUAACGCUUUUUAAGAAAAUAAAAGCCUUUGAAUAUUUUUUCAUUGACAUUUAGCAAUGUACACAUUUAGCAUACAAAUUGGUAAACAAGACAAAUUGUCCAUAGUUUAUGUGUGUAUGUACUGGUCCUUAAGGUUGGGGUUUGGGGGUUGAGCAUUGGCCUAACAACCCACCUCAUAAAUAUUAGAUGUUUCCAAACACCAACAUGAUGCGGCUAAAUAUCAACUUUAAUAUAAACGGCCCUGGGAGUAAGUAAGUUGGUUGAAACAAUAGGAAUGGCUGACUAAACCAUUUGAGGCAAAGGUGAACUGGUCCAUGUAAUUGUGAAGUGUAGUUUAAUUUCUGGGAAGAUGCUAAUGGCACAUAACUACAAAUGUCAUUAAAAAUUUCAGAAGAUUUAAACAGGUGCAUGGACCCUUUUCUAGAAAGUCCAUUUGUGGUUGUAAACACCUUAGAACUGCUACUUUUUUGCAGAUUAUGUAAUUGAUGGUUGGGGCUCUGAUUCUCCAUCUUAUUUGGAAAUCUUCGACCGUUCAUUUCUUCUGUUCAGUUGAAAUCAGAUGUUCAGUUUAUGUCAGAAAUGUAUAUACACCUUGAAAAAUAUACAAAAUGGUAAUUAUUUUACCAUUAUUAGAGGGGUCAUAUAAAAUUCAUUAUUUUUCUUGGUACUGAAAUAAAUAUAAAAUAUUCAAAAUAUUCCACAUAAAAUGGCAUUUACAUAUAGCCCACAGAAGAAACUAAUAAUACACUAAAUCCUAAUACUGAGUAGUAAACCUAAAUGAUUUACAGUUGUGUCUUUUGCUUAGUGAUAGUUCACGAGUCCCUUGUUUGUCCUGAACUGUUAAACUGCAUGCUGUUCUUCAGAAAUCAUUUGCUGACCCACAGAUUCUAUGUUUUUCUCUAUUUUCUGUAUUAAAACCCUUUCCAAAAAUGAAUUUUCACUCUGAGGACAACUGAUUACAGAAGUGGUUAAACUGAGGUGUGAAAACUCAGUUCUAGGGCCACUGUCCUGAAGAGUUUAACUCUUUAAGAUUACAAUUUAACACACCAGAAACAGCUAUAACCAGAGUUUUACUUGCCAUCCGAGAAGUUUCCAGGUGGGUGUGUUUAGCCAAGUUGAAAGGCAUGCCAGUGGCCCUGUACUAUGAUUAGCGGACUAACUUCUUAAGUUUUAAACUAGUUUGCACCAAGUCUGGGUUUUGAUACCAUUAAGCUAGUGUAACGGAGGCCAGCUAGUAAGUGCUGUGCUGGUAAACCUCACUCCUCUGACCUCUAAAGCUGCUCUUGCGACAGAUGCUCGAGGCCAUGGUCUUUAGUCUCCUUGUUAGAGCAACCGACUCCCAUGCAGAAGGUCGCCGGUUUGAUACCAGCUCGGAGCAGGUUGGGAUGUGUAGAACCAGUGGGGUUACACUAGCUCAGUUAAUACCAUGAAAACAAAGAGAGAAUCAAAUCAAGCUGCCACAUGAAAGCCUAAAGAUGGUUCAAACUAAACUGAAAAUUAACUAGCUCAGCUAAUCUAGCUUCAUGGUACAUGUUGCAUCAACUGACCUAGAAGAACAGUUGUCAUGUAUUCAAACUGCCCUAGUAGGCUAUUCAAACUACACUGCAAAAACUGUUGUAUAGACCAGGCUUUGUCAAGCGAGCAGUGAAAGUUUGUCUUCUUUUCUUUUUUUAUUAUAUUUUUUUAGGCUUGUUAAUAUUUUGGUGAAUGUAAAUGACAAGUAGGGAAUGUUAAAAUGUUAAAUAAAACAUUGAAGAAGACCUACUUGGAA